AUGAUUAUUAAUAAUUAUUUGCUUCUUAAUCAUGAUUUAGAUGUAAUAACUUCUCAUCGGCCUCCAACUGUUGCUGUCGAAGAACCAUCUAAACCUUUUAGCAACACAAAUUUCUCAAGAACCUUUAGAAACACUCAACUGCUUCGUAAAUUAGACACCAAAUAAAAUUAUAUGAACAUGAUGUCAUUGAAAAAAUUAAAACCUCUGACAAAGUCCUAAAGCCUCAUUUGUCUCAGUCUCAAGACACCCAUCUAUGAAGCGAAGGAGAAAAAAAUGGAACUCGCCAAUUUGAGGAUGGGGAAGCGGAUGAAGCGGUAAGCUGCAUGUUAAACAGAUUGCUUUGAAAAUAAUAUAUUUCUCAGAAAAACACUCUCAUCUAAUUUCUAACAAUCAAGAAAAACUGUUUUCUCUGAGACAUUCUACAAAUCUAAAAUCGACUUUUAAAAAGUAGAUGAAUAAACAAGAUAGAAAUGA